GCAGUGACUGGGAUGGAGCUGGGCGUUCUGCUGGGGCUCCUGUGGAGCGUAAUGGAGAGCGCAUCAGCUGUGCCCGACCAGUACAGCCGGGCAGUGGACUGGCUGAGCAGGUAUGGCUACCUAGCGCCCGCUGACCCGCGGACCAGCCAACUGCAGACCAAAGAGGGGAUAGAGAAUGCUAUCCGGGUCAUGCAGAGAUUCGGUGGGGUCCAGGAAACUGGGUUGCUGGACAGCGAAACGCUCAAACUCAUGACCACACCACGUUGCUCUCUUCCUGAUAUCGUUGGAGGAGAAGACAUGAGGAAGAGGAGGAGGCGCAGGAAGAGAUAUGCCCUGUCAGGCCUUAAGUGGCAUAAGACAGACCUCACAUGGAGCAUCCACAGCUACCCGACGGCGUCUAACUCACCAGGCCUGCCAAACAACUUGGUGGACAGCAUCUUAGGUCAUGCUUUCAAAGCUUGGAGUGACGUGGCCCCCCUAAAUUUCCGCCAGCUGCUGCGGAACGGUGGAGGAGCCUCAUCUGAGGCGGACAUCCGAGUGUCCUUCGCACGCCUGCUCCAUGAUGACGGCUACCCUUUCGACGGGCAGGGCGGUACUUUGGCCCAUGCCUUUUUUCCUGGCAGAGAUGAAGUGGCCGGUGACACACAUUUUGAUGACCAUGAGAUCUGGAGCUAUGGAGACGACAGCAGCAGCACAGAUUUGUUCACAGUGGCAGUGCAUGAGUUUGGUCAUGCGUUGGGCCUGUCUCACUCUUCAUCUGAUCCGUCUAUCAUGAGGCCGUACUACCAAGGCAUGAGAGACAGUGGGCGACCGGUUGAUGUUGAUCCUGACCCCCCACGCCUUCCGAGUCCACCUCCCCCAAGACCCACAGAGCAUUCUGAUCCAUCUUUCCAUGAACGCUGUUCCGGAGGCUUUGAUGCAAUAGCAAAUAUCCGGGGAGAGGUCUUCUUUUUCAGAGGUGCCCAGUUCUGGAGAACAAAGAGGGAUGGGUCUUUAGUGUCGUUAAAGCCGGCACAGAUCAAAAACUUCUGGCUUGGGUUACCUGCCCACACGAAAAGCAUUGACGCUGUUUAUGAAAGAAAGAGUGACAGCAGAAUUAUCUUCUUUAUUGGAUCUCAGUACUGGGUCUUCCAAGACACUGUGGCCAUGAGUGGGUACCCCCGACCCCUCUCUGACUGGGGCAUGACGACAAAGAGCGGGACACCGGUGGACAGGGUGGAUGCAGCCUUCAUCUGGGCCCACAACGGCAAGACAUACCUUUUCAGUGGAGGUCAGUUUUGGAGGUUUGACGAGAGCCAAAAGAGCGAUCAGGUGACCAGGCAGCCAGAGCCAGGCUACCCACGAGACAACAGCAUCUGGGGAGGCAUGCCAACACAUAUGGAUGACAUCAUCAGCUGGGGAGAAGGAGAUGCCUACUUCUUCAAGGACAGCUUCUACUGGGUAAUGAGCGGAGGACAGAUUCAAGACAUUGACACCCCCAAAUCAACGUCUGUCGACUGGCUCAGAUGCCCCGCUCCCCCAUCCACCUCCGCGCCGGCAAAUCCUCGAAACCCGAAGGGAUGCAGGUGUGACUUGACGGGAUCCUCUCCAUCUCUGAGAGGCAGCUGGCUCUUCUUGAUUCCUAUCAUUUUGGCAGUCGAUGAGUUGAUCAGAAGCCUGAAAUUUGCCUGA